UUUUUUUUUGUCUUCUUCUUCUUCUUUAUAUUAGUCUUUCCUUAUUUAUCAAAUUUUAUACUCUUCAAGUUAUGGAUCCUUCAUUCCGUAUUCGCCCAUGUACAGAUGUUGAAGAAGCAUGUCAUUACUUUUUGAAAUGGCCUGUUCGAGAAGGUUGGAAUCACUCUCCUGAUGAUCAAGAAAUACGUCAAGCAUUUUACCCUUCUGAUCCCAAUGGAUUUCUUGUUGGAACGGUACGUGACAAAGAAACUGGAAAAGAAACGGUGGUAUGUACUGUAAUCGCUAUGCGCCACAAUGACGAUGUUGCCUUCCUUGGAUGUUUUAUUGUGGACAAUGCUCAUCGUGGGAAAGGUUAUGGCACUGUUCUAUUUAAACAUGCCUUGAAGCGUCUUGAAACUUGUCGAUUUGUUGGUUUGGAAUCUAUGUAUCCUAUGGUACCUCGCUAUCAAAAGAUUGGUUUUGAUAUAGGUUGGACAAGUACUACUUUACGAGGGGAUAUGAUCGAAAAUGUAUUAAACAAGAUCUCCAAAGUGGAUGGACAAGAUAUUUCCAUUGUAGAUUUGACAGAACGUGCAAAGAUCGAUUCAUCAUUAGGACAACAACUGGCUGCGGUGGAAAAUAAAUAUACAGGAAUGGAUCGACCGGUAUUUUGGAAAAAUUGGUUGACAUUACACACCAGCAAGGAUGCUGCUCAACAUGGACGACAUGCAGUGGCUGUACUGGAUGCAGAUGGUAACGUGGCUCAUAUUGGAUUCAUUCGUCCUGCUGUGCUUGGUUUUGUGACAACAUUGUUUUGUUCCGAUGCGCAUAUCGCUAGUACUUUACUACGACAUUUGGUACAAUGGGUUAUAGAUUCAACUUCUUCUCCAUCAUGGGCACUUCCUAAAAAUCAUGACCUCACUGUCGAUGCCAAUGCUUGCUCUGCAAAUCCAACUGCUUUGGCUUUGUAUGAAGAUUUAGGUUUCAAGGUUGCUAGUGGUCGUAAAAGGAUGUGGCUCAGUGGUCUAUCUCCCAAGUCCGAUCACUCGGGGAUCUAUGGUGUUGGUUCUCUCACUGUAGGCUGAUGACAACAACACACUUCUGUUUACUAUAAGACAAAGAUCAAUAGACACCGUUUUCUCCUAUAUUAUAUCUAUAUAGAUCUCAUUUCUCUUUUUUUUUUCUUUUGUUUAUUUUGU